CUGUCUCUCUAAACUUCAUUCACACACAUCUUUGACAUGAUCAUGAAGAGUUACUACAAAGAAACCUUAUGUGUUGUUUCUCUCUUCUCUUGUCUUUUCAUCACCUCUUCUUUUGCAGGACCGCCAGUCCCAAACCAGUUGGAGAAUGAUUCUCAGAAACUUAUCCCCACUCAGAUUUCAUCACGUGAUAGUAAGGUCUCAUUAUCGAGCACGGUGAAGGGUCUGAGAGAACGUCCUCCAUCGUCUUAUUCUCUCAAGUUUGAGUCUUUCAACACACUCAUGAAGUCUAUUUACACCGACAGUUAUCAAUCUCGUCCUUUUAGGGUCGGUAGAUACAAUUGGACGCUUGUCGUGUACCCAAAGGGGAAUAAGAAUGAUAACGGUACAGGUUACAUUUCGCUAUACGUCGUCUUAGACAACUCAACUCUCACUUCUCCACGUGAAGAGGUUCAUGCAGAUCUCAGAUUUUACAUCUUCAACAAGAAACAGAAGAAGUACUUUACGUUCCAAGAUACUGAUGUAUGGCGAUUCAGCGCAAUCAAAACCAUGUGGGGAUUUUCUAAGGUUCUUCCUCUGACUACGUUUAACAAC